AUGGAGAUCCGCAUUCAUUUUCAACUCUGGGAAGGAAACUGGAGGAGAGGAGAAGGGCGAUGCCUGAGAGAUGGGAAGUUCCAUGGGGAUGGCAGACAGUUUCACUGGAAACAACCUUUCAACCUGAAAAAAGGAUGGCUCGUGUGGGGUGGAACUGGUCUGGUUGGUGCCAUGGCGUUAACAGGUGCUGCUUUAUCCUUGUUCAGGACAGAGACACCUGAAAGGGAGGGUAGACUCUUUGAUGAAGCUUCUCCCAUCAGUUGGAUUCUUCAUGGUCUCUCUUACCAAAUGGGUCUCGACCCCAAUAGCGAUCAUGAUCAGCUCAGCUGCGUCUGCUCUUGCCCCACCUCACACCUGUUUAGGAUCGGUUUUGGUACUAUCGUAUGCGCAAACCCGCAAUAUCAUUACACCGAUGAGAAGAGCUCACAUUUCUUCAGCUUGCCAACUGCAGUGGUGCUUGCUGUCAUAUUCCAUAUUUCUCUGAGAAGAGUGUUUGAGCUUCGUUGA